AUGUCCACCUCCGUCGCUCUACCUGGCGGCGUUCAACCAGGUGCGCGCGGGAACGCGCUCACUCGCGAAGAACAUGAGUUGCUUGGUUUCAAGUACUCACCGGCCUUUUCCACUCCAGGCAAACCACGAUACGUCAUUGGUGAAGAGGGUACCCGCUGUUCACAUUGCGAGACGAAGGGCAAGAUAUGCGUUAUUACCGCUCUCAAGUGGGGUGUCGCGCAUGGCAGUGUCGCCGUCGUUGGCUGCUUCGCCGGUGGACAGCACGCUUGCUCCCUCUCCACCCUGCGCAGUGACCAUGAGUGGCUCCCCCUCGGUAACGGCAGACUGCAGCAGAAGUUGAAGCCCAAGGUGCCCGCCAAAGGCGCGUCAUCUCCUUCCAAAGACAAGAAGCCAAACGUCGGCGAACUCCCCUCCAGCCAACCUUCCCCGACUGCUCCAGAGACAUUAACCAACGACCUCAUGUCCACGACUGAGGAAGCCGAGCUGGAAAAGGUAGCACUUGCUGAGCAGCCCCCACGCAAACGCCAGAAGAUCCUCGACGGCCAAGGCAACAAUCCCGCAACCUCCUCCACUGCUCAACCACUCCCUGCACGCUCGCCGGCCAACCCAGCCCCUGCCUUCGCUCCUGUCCAACCACUGCGUCGCCUCUCUCAAGCUCAAUCACCCUGUGGUACCGCGCCAGCCCCACCACCUCCGACGCCCGCUCAAGAGCCUCAACCUGCAACCAUCUCACCAGCUCCCCGCACCAUGGAGCUUGCGAAGCAGAGCGUGGCAGGUGUUAUUCCCGUCCAAACUUUUGCCGGCGUCACGCCUGAGGCAAACUCAUCCAUGUCGCCCUCCGCCGUCUCCAACCUUUUGAGCGCCACCGACUCGACCUCCCUGCAGUGGCUCAAGCUUAUUUCCAAGGACAUUGGCCGUAUCUAUGAAAACCAGAAUAAGGUUAUAGUCGACGUUGCCGAGCUCAAGGCGAGCCACAAGACGGCUGGUAACGACAUGGCUCAGCUCAAGGCCAACCAGCAUUCAAUCGCCGCCGACAUUGCCAAAAUCAUCGAGAAGCAGCAGUCCAUUGCCGAGCAACAGCAAACCAUGAACUCUGACGCAUGUCAGCUGGGGCAGAACCAGCUCCAACUCGGCCAAAACCAGCUCCAGCUCGGGGAAAACCAGCACAGCAUGGUGGACGACAUGAAGAUGCUGGUCGGCAACAUGGACAAGAUGGCCCACGACAUCUCCGAGGCGAGCAAGAGCCACCAGACGAUUACUCGCAGUAUUGCCGCCAUUCAGACCUCCCAGACCGAGCUGUCGUCCCGCAUUGCCGACAUGGACAGGAGCAAGGACGAGGUAGCCCGUCUCAAGGAGGAGGUGGCGGUCGCCGAGGUGGCCAUGAACAGCCAGCGCGAGCUGCUCAGGAUUCAGCGAGUCAUCCUCGACCAACUCCAGGGCAAGACUGGACAGUGA